AGAAGACUUGUUCAAAGUCUUCACUUCUUUUUCUCUCAAUAAGUCAUUUGUCUUGUUAUCUCUGAACGUUGACUAAGCUCCAUAAGAACCUCCAACUAAUUUAAACUACAGAUAUAGCUCUACUAUUAAUUAAAUAAAUCUCAUUUGCAAGGUUGUAGGCGAUAAAGCCAAAGAUUGGAAUAAAGAAAUUAAGAUGGAAAUUGAGAAGAGACUCUAUGAAGCUGCAGCUGAAGGAGAUGUAAUAACUUUACAUGAAUUACUUCAACAGGAUGGUCUGAUUCUUGAUAGACUUACCUUAACUUGCUUUAAUGAAACUCCUUUACACAUAGCAGCUAUGCGGGGACACAUUGAGUUUGUGAAAUUCAUUCUGUCUCGAAAUCCCCUGCUUGCUGCUGAACUGGAUUUCCGAAAAUCCUCUGCCCUUCAUGUUGCUUCAAUAAAAGGGUACCUUGAAAUUGUUAGGGAGUUGUUGGUAGUGAAUCCUGAAAUGUGUCUGGUUCGUGAUCGCCAAGGUAGAAAUCCUCUUCAUCUUGCAGUAAUCAAAGGUCGAGUUGAGGUUAUUAAAGAACUGGUUCGAGCGACUCAUCUUGCAGCUCUGCAGACGACUGAUCGCGGUGAAAACGUUCUGCAUUUGUGUGUGAAACAUUAUAAUCAGUUGGAGGCUCUGAAUCUGCUGAUGGAAAUCAUGAUAUCAGAUGAUAAACUCUUGAAUGCGAAAGAUGGAGAUGGAUAUACCAUUCUACAUUUGGCUGUUGCUCAUAAGCAAAUUGACACUGUUAAAUAUCUGCUAAGGAAUAAUAAAAUUGAGGUGAACCUAAAGAAUGACAAUGGGAACACAGCACUAGACAUUUUAACACAUAGCUGGAGAGACGUGAAUGAUCUUCAAAUUGGAGAGAGUCUCCGCGAAGCUGGAGGUUUAAGAGCCAAGGAGAUGAUUUCAUCAUCCAACACUCAAAGUGUUGCCAAAUUUCCUAAUUCUCAAGUUGCUUUAGCCCAAAAGCAUGACAUGUCAGGUGAUUGGCUUUCAAGGAAACGUGAUGCAAUAAUGGUGGUGGCAUCGCUUAUUGCAACUAUGGCAUUUCAAGCAGGAAUGAACCCUCCAGGAGGUGUCUGGCAAGACAAUAAGGAAGGGAAUUCUCAAGGAAACUCCCUACAAAUAGCACACAAAGCAGGGGAAGCAAUAAUGGCAUAUAGUCAUCCAAAAUCCUAUAGAUACUUUAUCCGUGUCAACACGACAGCGUUUGUGGCUUCUCUUAGCACAAUACUGCUGCUGAUAAGUGGAUUGCCCUUCAGGAAAAAGUUCUUCAUGUGGGGUUUGAUGGUUAUCAUGUGGUUGACAGUCACGUCAGUAGCACUGACUUAUGGCAUAUCAAUAUACAUCGUCACGCCUAAGAAGGAUAGAGAACAACUUGGUCAGGUUAUUGAAGUUGGUGUUACUGUGUGGUGCUCUGUAAUGGCAUUACUUUUGCUCGGAAACACAAUUCGUUUGGCCUAUAAAUGGGUGAUGAGAAAGAAGAAACAAUCACGAAAAUUCGAGACAAGAAAAUCUAUAAAUUUGGUUCAUCUUAGUGUUUGACAAAAUGCAGUUAAACUAUGAUAAAGGAAUUUUAACUAGCUAGCCUAUGUAUUUGCAAUAAUGGGUUUAAAUGCCUGUUGAACUAGUGAUUCAAUAAUGGGUUGUCUUUGUCAUUCAAAAUUCAAAUUAUACUUAGGCAUAGAUUCCUAUA